GAGGAGGAGGGGGGAGUCCGGGCUCCGGCACGAGGCCGGGCGGAGCGAUGUGCGAGCAGGCGGCGCGGUAUUGCCGGGCCGGUGUGCACAGGCUGCUGCGGAAGCCGGCGCCGGCGCUGCGCGGGCUGGACGGGCUGCUGCGCUGGGUCGGGGCCAGGAUGAGCGACAAGGGCGUCGCCGACAGGGAGCUGCUCAGCUCGGGAGCCUCCGCGCAGAGGAAGGGCACCUCCGUCAUCCUCGAUAUUUUUAGAAGAGCUGACAAAAACGAUGAUGGAAAGCUGUCCCUGGAGGAGUUCCAGGCCUUUUUUUCUGAUGGGACACUCAACGAGGAGGAACUUGAGAAACUCUUCCACACCAUUGACUCAGACAACACAAACAAUGUGGACACGAAGGAGCUAUGUGACUAUUUUGCUGAUCACAUGGGAGACUAUGAAGACGUCCUGGCCUCACUGGAGACUCUGAACCUGUCCAUCCUGAAGGCAAUGGACUACACCAAGCGCGUGUAUGAGAGUGGCAGCAACGUGGACCAGUUUGUCACCCGCUUCCUGCUGAAGGAGACGGCCAACCAGACCCAGUCGCUGCUGAGCUCGGUGGAGAGCGCCGUGGAUGCCAUUGAUGAGCAGACCAACCCCUCCAGGCAGUGCCCUGGCCCAGCUGGUCUUGCUCUGACAGAGCCGUGGUACAACAGCCCUGUGCCCAGCUACGCACCCCCUGCCCGGAUUGUGCCUCAGGGCCACGGGAAGAGCAGCCAGAGUGGUGCCCCUGAGCCCAGGCAGGACGGGCUGGAGGGGCAGAUCGGGAGGUUGGCUGCACUCAUCAGCAGGCUGGAGGACAAGACUCUCUGGUUUGACCUGCACCAGCGGCUGUCAGACAGUGAGAGCACAGCCUGCAUGUACCUCCUGCUGGUGCGGGAUGAGAUGACGGUGUCACACAAGCACCUGGGCGAGUUCUGCAGCUCCCUGAAGCAGUACCUAAAGAGCGUAGCCGGGAUGCGGGAGUGCUUCCACGUCACUGCGGUCAAGCUGCCUGACGGAGUCACCUUCAUCGUCUAUGAGUUCUGGGAGACCGAGGAUGACUGGAAGAGGCACCUGCAGAGUGCCACCUGCAAGGACUUCCAGCAUGUAAAGGUGGACGCUCUGAGCCAGCCCGAGGCCAUCUCCAGCGUGGCUGUGCCAGCCGCCUGGUGCACCCUGAGCCAAGACUGACCAUGCAGGGACCUGGCUGUGCCCCCCACCCCCUUCCAGGAGCUGUUACCAGAGGGCAGUGUGAUUGUCACCUAUCUGCAGCAAAGGAACUCCCCUUGUCCCCCACUGGCAGCACCUCAGCUGCCCCACUCCUGGGGCACCUCUCCCCACACAGGGUGGGCUCUUUGGGGCCUGGGAGGGGGUGGUGAUUAGGUGGAUAUGGUGGGAGCAAACCCCUUGGUGUGCAGGAGGUACAUAUUGGUGUCUCUGAUAGGUAGACCCAGCACAAAGGAGGGAGGAGGGAUGGAGAUCUGUAGGGCACGUGGGAUCCCAGUGGGGUGGAGGUGGGGGCCUCACAGCCCCGGGGGUGGCUGCUCCCCUGGCCCAGGAGUCUGUAAGUCUGUGUGUGCCUGUCUGUCUGUCUGUGCACAGCCUGCCCCAUCCUGCCCAGCCCCAAGGGGGGAUGAGAGGGCCUCACAGGGUGUGUCCCCCUCUACCCAACUGUUUAUUAAUAGAGCAACAGAACUGAUGACACUGAAUAAACCAUGUGGGAGCCA